CCUAGGGUCAGAGUGUCAUGUUGUGUCUCCCGUUUUCCACAGUUCGCCAGAGGUAAAAAGAGCUCUGGCUGAAGACCGUUGCUGGGAUCAAAGCCUCGAGGUAGUGAAACCCUCCCCCCCUUAGACUGUCAGUCUCCAUUCCAAUGAAGCUGAUAAGCAGUCUCCAUGGUUCAAAAACACUUAAUGCUAACAACAUGGAGACAUUAAUUGAAUGUCAGUCAGAGGGUGAUAUCAAAGUGCCUCCCCUGCUGACAUCAUGUGAGAGUGAAGACAGCAUUUGCCAGCUUAUUGAAAUUAAGAAGAGAAAGAAAGUGCUGUCCUGGCCGUCUCUCAUGAGAAAGCUCUCUCCUUCAUCCGACUUCUCUGGGUCAUUGGAACCAGAGCUGAAAGUGUCGCUGUUUGACCAACCCUUGUCGAUCAUCUGUGGGGAGAACGACACACUUCCCAGACCCAUCCAGGACAUCCUCACCAUCCUCUGCCUUAAAGGUCCCUCAACGGAAGGGAUAUUCAGGAAAGCUGCCAGCGAGAAAGCCCGCAAGGAGCUGAAGGAGGAGCUUAACUGUGGGGUCUCCGUGAAUCUGAACCAGCUCCCUGUGCACCUCCUAGCUGUGGUCUUCAAGGACUUCCUCCGAGGGAUACCCCUGAAGCUGCUCUCCUGUGAUCUCUUUGAGGACUGGAUGGGCGCCCUGGAGAAGCCCACCGAGGAGGACAGAAUCGAGGCCCUGAAGCAGGUCGCUGGUGCCCUCCCCCGGCCCAACCUUCUUCUGCUCAGGCACUUGGUCUAUGUGCUCCACCUCAUCAGCAAGAAUGCUGAGGUCAACAAGAUGGACUCCAGCAACCUCGCCAUCUGCAUCGGGCCUAACAUGCUCACUCUGAAGAACGACCAGAGCCUGUCCUUCCAGGCCCAGAAGGACCUGAACAAUAAGGUUAAGAGCUUGGUGGAAUUCCUCAUUGACAACUGCUUUGAAAUAUUUGGGGAGAACAUUCGGACACAUUCCCGCAUCACUUCUGACGACUCCCUGGAGCACACUGACAGUUCAGACGUGUCAACUCUGCAGAAUGACUCGGCCUAUGACAGCAAUGACCCAGAUGUGGAGCCCACAAGUGGCGCAGCCUCUCCCAACAGGCAACUGGAGGGUCCCACUCCCACAAUGGCUGGCCUGGAUACCCAGGGCCACCGGGACACCUGUGAGUCAAGCUCAGAGUCCAGCGUUAGCAUGGUAGUCAGGCUGAAAAGCUCCAUUGUCCAACAAGACAGGCGGUUCUCUGAACCCAACACGUCACCCUCACGAGAGUGCCUCGUGGACCCAACAUCCAAGCAAAAGCUAACAAGGAGUGAGGACAGCUUCACUCUGCCCCAGGACGCCUCCUGUUCUGAAGGCGAUGAAGCUGAAGAUCCCUUUACAGAGGAAGUCUUCCCAGCAGUUGACGGCAAACCCAAGAGACCAGUUGAUUUGAAGAUAAAGAAUUGGACCCAAGGUUUAGCAUCUCCACAGGGACACAUAACCAAAGCUUUCUCCAGAUCCUCCCCAGGCGAACCUUUGGGCAGCUCACCUGUGCCUUCUCCAUCCUGCCCCAAGAGAAACUUCUUCACCAGACACCAGAGUUUCACAACAAAGACAGACAAAACCAAACCCCAGAGAGAAAUUAGAAAGCACUCCAUGUCGUUUUCCUUUGCGUCUCACAAGAAAGUGCUGCCCCGAACCUCCAGCAUUGGGUCUGAGAAAUCCAAAGACUUUUCUAGAGACCAACUUCAGAAGGACUUGAGGAAAGAGAGCCAACUUGCUGGCAGAAUCAUCCAGGAAAAUGAGUCAGAAAUCCAAAGCCAAACAUCUCUGGGCUUCAGCUUGUCCGGCACCUGGGCGCUCUCAGUCGACAACACGUUCCAGUUAGUGGAUGUAAGGAAACCGGGAAGCCCACCAUCUUACGAAGAGGCCAUUUAUUACCAGACAUCAGGACUCACAGCCUACGGUGGCCAGACAGUUGGGAGUAUGAGGGCAAGAAUGUUCAAGCCAAGCACAGCGGUGCCCCCUGUGCCUUCUCACCAUGGAGGUGACCUCAGUGAAGGGACACCUGGUGGACACAGAUUGUCUUCUGUGACUGAGCACUGGACACACAGUCAGACUGUCCAUGUCUCUAUAGAAACUCAGGGGAGAUCUGAGCUACACCAGUUGAGGACAGUGUCCGAGUCCAUGCAGAAGGCUAAGCUGGACUGUCUUGGGCCACAACACAGCCACUUAGUCUUUGAGGUUGACCAACUCUGCUGUGCUAGAGAAUCCUACAUUUAAGAAAGCCUUGUACCAUGGCUAACUUGUGUGUGAAGAUGCGACUGCAGAGAACUGUCUGUUGAGUCACAGAUAAGCUCAUUCAGAACGUGGUGUGGAGCUCUCCUCUGUGAGGACGGCUCACACGGUGACACCAGAUUGUGUCUGUGUGUAACUGGGUUUGUGCAAUAUGUAGUAAAUGUAUAAAAUGUAUUAUUAUAUGCAAGGUAUUAGAUGCAAGGGUGUCUGCGUACAUCCCUCAUGCAUGCACUUCUGGAUGUUGUUUCUUGUCCUCAGGCACUUGUUUCUAUUGAGUCUUUACUUUUCUUAAUGUUACAGCAAAUGUCGUGCCUGUGUGCACAUCAGCCGCCAGCUGCAUGUAGGUGGAAAUGUCUAAGCCUCUGAUGCAUCUUCUCCUAAGCAGGCUUGAGACAGGAACAUGAUGCAUCUUCUAGGCAGGCAUAGAAGGGAACAGACUGAAAGACACUGUGCUUGGUGUAUGAGCCGUCAGUCGCACUGGGAGAAGGUCUUUCAGUCAUCUAAUGGAAUGUGGGUGUCGUGGCGGAAGUGCAUUCUGUCAGUAGUAACUCACACAGAGUACUUUGAGCCUCUGCAGCUCAGUCAUGUCUUGUGCAGCUGUGUAGCGGGGUAAGCACUGUUGUAUGCAUUGGGGAGUCUUGUAUAAGAUUUCAGUACAGUUUAUUUAUUAGUCACAAUAAACUGCCCUCCUCCUUUAGACAGUUUAUUACUUGCCGAUGUUAUAUCCUUUGACUCAAAUAAAAAUCCACCAAGAACAUUAUAUCCACACACUGGUCCAUUCAGCCAGUGUCUGUUCACUAUACACUCA